AUGGAUGUUGCUCAAGGUUCCACUCCUCCUAUGGUGCCACGUAUUCCUUCUACUAGUUCUAUCCCUACAUAUCAGAUUGAGGACGUCUUGGAUCAUGAAGUUGUGGCCUUGUCUACUGGAGGUUCUACCCGUUAUCUAGUUCGUUGGGUUGGAAGGCCUACUACUAAGGAUACUUGGAUUACAGAAGCUGAAUUUCGCCAAUUGGAUUCCACUCUUCUGCAAAGUUAUCAAGAUGCUCUUCAUGAUCUUGAUUUGGCUACAUCCCGUCCUCCCAUCAUCCAUACUUACAAACGUCGUCGUCAUCCGUAA